AAAAGUAAUCUCAACCCGAGCACUGUGCUCGCUUUUAAUGGCGUCGGAGAAGGAGGUCGGACCCAUUGCAGAGGCGACAAUGCCCCUCAGCGGCGACGGCGCUUCAGAGAGCCCCGGGGGGGGGGGCGGUCCUGUGGGGAUAACGACGGUGCGGCGUCUCAGCGACUUGCGAGUCAUCGAUCUGAGAGCCGAGCUGAAGCGCCGCGGCCUGGACACCGGCGGGAAUAAGAGCGUCCUCCUCGAGCAGCUGCGGAAGGCAAUUGAGGAGGAAGGGGGAGAUCCCGAUGAGAUUCCAGUGGUGUCUGAAACAACCAUCAAGAAGACUCCCAAAAGAAAUGGCAAAGGACGUAGGCCAGAAGAAGAGGGCAUUGAAGAUAAUGGCCUCGAAGAAGAUUUUGGAGAUGGACAGGAGGAUAUUGAAACAAGUUUGGAUAACUUGCAGGAUGUUGACAUGAUGGAUAUUAGUGUGUUAGAUGAAGCCGAAAUAGAUAACUGCAGUGCAGUAGAGUGUCGAACAGCUGGCAGUGCCGAUAGUGGGCUUGACUCCUUCUCUGGCAGUAAAGGAAAUGCUGGAGCAGGAAGGAGAGAACAUCCACAGCAGCUUGCAGGAUGCCCUGCAGGUGACAUGGAGGCACCUCCACAAUUGCCAGGCAUUAAAGAAGACCCGAGAGAAAUACCAGUAGCAGUGGUAUGCAUCUCUAUUCAAAUGUGCGGAAUCAGAUCAAUAAUCACAGUAACCUUUUAAAUUUUUUUCAAAAUAGAAAAUAUAAUGGGGGUAUGUGUCUAAAAUAAACACCAGCUGAUUCUCCCCUAAAAAUGCCUAUAAUAAUACCAUUUUUGCCUAAAACCUGAAAAAGUUAAAUGCAUGAAUCAUAAACAUUGUCUGUAGUAACCA